AUGUUUGCAGGCCUAGGGCCUGGGGGCCUGGGGGCCCAGGGCAUGGCCGGGUCCCUGCGGGGCAGGGUGGAGGAGCUCAAACGGCCAUGGUGGCGGGAAAGCUCUCCACUUGUGCUGCAGCACAGUGAAGCGGCUAGGCUGGCAGCUGAUGCCCUCCUGGAGCGGGGUGAGGCUGCCUACCUGCGUGUCAUCUCUGAGGAGCGGGAGCUGCCUUUCCUGAGUGCCUUGGAUAUGGACUACAUGAUCAGUCAUGUACGUGGAGGCCCUGAGUUGGGCGAGAGCCAGGGGCCAGAGGCUUCAGGGCCAGAUCAUCUCAGCCUGCUCUCUGAAGUCACCUCGGGGACUUACUUCCCCAUGGCCUCAGACAUAGACCCCCCGGACCUGGACUUGGGCUGGCCUGAGGUUCCACAGGCCACUGGCUUCAGCCCCACCCAAGCUGUGGUCCACUUUCAGCGGGACAAAGCCAAGAACAUCAAAGACCUCCUGCGUUUCCUCUUCAGCCAGGCACGCACGGUGGUGGCUGUGGUGAUGGAUGUGUUCACUGACAUGGAUCUUCUGUGUGACCUCAUGGAGGCUUCGAGCCGGCGUGGUGUCCCCGUCUACAUGCUCCUGGCCCAGGAGAACCUGAAGCACUUCCUUGAGAUGUGCUACAAGAUGGACAUCAAUGGGGGACACUUGCCGAACAUGCGAGUGCGGAGUACGUGUGGGGACACGUACUGCAGCAAGGCAGGCCGCCGCUUCACAGGGCAGGCCCUGGAGAAGUUCGUCAUCAUCGACUGUGAGCAGGUGGUGGCGGGAAGCUACAGCUUCACCUGGCUUUGCAGCCAGGCCCACACUAGCAUGGUGCUACAGCUGAGGGGCCGCAUCGUGGAGGACUUUGACCGGGAGUUCCGUUGUCUCUAUGCUGAGUCUCGACCUGUGGAGGGCUUCUGUGGUGGUGAAGACUCCCUGUCUCCCCUAGCACCGUGCCCUCCCCCAGUGGCCUUAGCCGUUGGGCCCAGAAUUUCAAGCCCCACAUCCUCAUCGCCCUCCAGCACCAGCCUCAGCAGCAUCAAGUGCUCACCGCUCACGGGCCGUUCCUCCUACCUCGCUCUACCAGGAGCCGGUGGCUGCAGUGACAUGGGUAUAGGGUCCUCAUCCCAGGGGCCUGUCCGCCGUGAAGCCAAUGGCCAGCCUUCUCUGCAACGCCAGCUGUCAGACCCUAACCAUGGCUCUCCGUCAGGGCCCUAUAGGGCCAACCUGGGCAAGCUGGGGGCAUCCCCAUGGUCCCAAUCCUCCCCUGCCCUCAACCAGAAUAAUGCCAGCCCCCUGACCCUGGCAGUCGGAUCACCUCUGUUUCCUCGUCCUCGCCCCCUUCUCUCCUUCUCUCGGGGUGUCCCAGCCUUGGCCCGGCUUCCGGAGAACGGGCUCCCAGGAGGCCAGGAGCCUAGCCCCUCACGAGGUCGCUGGAUACCUGGCACAGCCCUGGAAAUGGUGGAGGAGAAGAAAGUGUCUCUGAGUCAGAGCCAUGGCCAACUGGAUCUCCUCAUCCCCUUUCCCAGAGCCCGAGAAACAGGGGGCCCUGGUUCUGGUAUUAACCUCAACUCUGGCUCCUUUCGAUCUGGUGAGCAGGCCCUAGAGGACAGGAGGUUGUCCCCAAGUCAGAGAUACAGCCAGCUGGAUCUCUUGCCCCAGGCCCAGAACACUGGGGAUGCCCUUAAGUCAGGUUCCUCCAGACCUGGUGAUCACACUCCAGAGGACAAAAGGCUACCCCCAAAUCACAGCCAUGGCCAAUUGGACCUCCUGGUGCAGUACCCCAAGCCUGGGGGCUCCAAAGUGUCCUCCGAAGCCAACUCUUCAACCAGACCCGGCAAACUGGGUUCAGAUGAGCGACAGCAAACUCUGGGCCAUAGCCAGCUGGACCUCAUCACAAAAUUUGGCCCAUUCCGUGGUGAGGGGCCGGGGCCCAAUGGUCUCCCCAGACUGAGCCCUGUUCAAAAGGCUACAGUGAGUUCUGGGGAUGAGAAGUGGCUGACCCUGGGCCACAGCAAGCUGGACCUCAUCACCAAGUAUCAUCAGUUGCAGGGCACCAGGCAGGGAUCUGAGCCUGGGUUCCCUGCAGGGCCCACAGGUGGCCACCGCAGUGGCGGUAGCAAUGGCCUGCUUGGGGAUGAGAAACGGCGGACCCUGGGCCACAGCAAACUGGACCUCAUCACUAAGUACAACAAGUCGAAGUUCAAGCUACUCCGAAGCCGCUUUGAGUCAUAG